UCUCAGUGUCUCAGUCUCAGUGUCUGAUUCGAACGCAACGCGUGCGGUUCACAGUGGAGUCGACAACGGCGACUGCGACGACAGGUUUAACGAACUGACAACAAAUAAAAAUCAAAGAAAAUAAAAAGAUAAUAAACAAUUUGAACAAAAACAAAAAAAAAAAAACAAAAAAAACAGUGCAGCAGAAAAGUCGUAACGCCACAGACACCGCUUGGUCAACCGCUUGAGGAAUUAUGAAAGAAUUGGCCUAAAACCCAAUAUCGAGGCUACCAUUUGAAGAGCAGCAGCAGCAGCAGACGAGAACUUUAGCCGAAAACAUGAACAGCGAUGAGUUGGCAAUGAUCAAGAAGACCUGGGAAAUUCCCGUGGCGACCCCAACAGACUCUGGAGCUGCCAUACUGACAGCUUUCUUCAAUCGCUUUCCGUCCGCCUUGGAUAAGUUUCCAUUUCGCGAUGUGCCCCUGGAAGAGUUGCCCGCCAAUGCACGUUUCCGGGCCCAUGCUGGACGCAUAAUUCGGGUGUUCGACGACUCGAUUAGGGUGCUCGGCCAAGAUGGCGAUCAGGAGAAACUGGAUGAGAUCUGGACCAAGGUGGCAGUCAACCACAUUCCUCGACGCAUAUCUAAAGAAUCUUACAAUCAACUCAGAGCUGUAAUUCUGGAAACGCUCACUGCUGUCUGCAACCUGGACGAUAGUCAAGUGGAAACGUGGACUAAGCUGGUUGAUCACGUCUAUAGCAUUAUAUUCAAGUCCAUCAAUGAAGAGGGCGAUGCCAUUUAAACAGGGAGAGACGAAAGCACGGACAAGGGCGAGGACGAGGGCGAGGGCGAGAAAGUAACGAAUGCAGCUCACAUUGCAAGGCACAGCUUAUGUAGAUUUAAGUAAAUGAUAAAUGGUAAAUGAUAAAUGUUAGCUAUUUUCAUUUUAUAUAUAUGAGUAAAAGUCCAACACACACAAGCACCGGCAAAUAAAUACACACACAUGAAACAACCUAUACACUCGCACACUGCUCCGCAAAGCUUUAACCCAUUGUCAGCCUUAAGCACUUAAUAAGAAUACAAAUAAAUUAAAAGGGUCGCUUGUAGCCGUAAA